UACGUCAUACAUUUUGUUUAUAUUUGUAGUGCCGCUAUAAAAACAAAUUUGAAGCAAUAUUAAAUCCAUAUAACAACUAAUUACUUUAAGUUUAUUAUGUUUGCUUUAAAUAUUUAACUCUAAUAUGGAUCCCUUAUACAAUGAUAUAUGCUACGGAUGCUUGAAUUCCGAACGAAAAAUAUCGAUUAUAAAUGAUACAACUUUAAAGGAAUGUUUUUUAGAUAUAUUGAAAAAUCAGGAAUCCCAAAUGAGGUUGAUACAGCUUUGUUUUGAAUGUGCUGCGAUACUGGUUAAAAUAAAAAAGUUCCAGCAGAAAGUGGUAUUUAGUGUACAGAAGAUUUUGAACGACUGCGUCAGAAAGAGUCUAUCACAAACGUCACUGCAAUCAAAACCAUUGUUUUCUAUAUCAAUCUCGGAUGAAGACAAGAAAGAAACCAACUACGAAAUUAUAGAUACAAUAAAAUCCGAAAUUGAUGACACUAAUGACGGAACGGAAUUUAAUGACAAAAUAGAAUAUAGUGACACAUUAGAAUAUAAUGACAAAGCAGAAUAUAAUGAUGAUAACAAUGAUAAUUUUUCAAAUGAACUCGAAGAGGAAAUUUCCUUGGACGUUAUUGAUACGGGCGAAAGAGAUGUCUACAAGGAGGUUAGGUUGAGUAAGAAAGAGAUAGCUGAUGAAAGGCAAGCUAAAAGAGCGAGCGAGGAAUACAUCAAUGCUAUGUUCAAGUGUGCCUUGUGCGUUAUAACAUUCACAAAUAGAGAAGAUUUCGAUGAACAUACGAGUGAUAAACAUGAACGGAAAUCGAAAUUUCAAUGCGCCAUAUGCAAGUGCGCGUUCAACUCGACGAUAUCGUUCAAAUACCACAGCCGGCGGCAUCGCUCGCGGUUCGAAUGCAAUGCGUGCGCGCAGCGGUUCGCCUACAAGAGGGACGUGAUCAAGCACUAUAAUAUCGUGCAUUGCGUUGGAAUUGAACAGUAUUCAAACGAAAAUGAAGAUAAUAAAUUGAAUGUGCAACCAGAGACCACCUCUGAUGUUAGCACCAAAUCGGACACGUUCACGUGCGACGUGUGCCGCAAAGUGUUCCGUUGGCGGGCGUCCCUGCGGAAGCAUCUGGAGCGACACCGCAUCGAGAGCGGCCAGAAGCGGAAGCCGUACUGCGAGCCGUGCAAAUUGUAUUUCGCGACGACGUCGAAUUUGAGAAAGCACGUGAGCGCCAGUUCCAAACAUCAAAUACAACUUAAACUUAGCAAAUUAAAGGACACGCCCAUCCCGUCGGAAGACAAGGACGGAUAUAUAAAGAAUAUAGAGAGCGUCGUGAACGAGUCGCGGCGGAUGUACGCAGCGUCCGGUGAGCUGGUGUGCGCGCCGUGCAACAGGACGUUCUCGUCGAUAGCAACAUACCAGCAGCACAUGAGGAUCAGCAAGAAACACGUCACCGAGGAGGACUUCAAAUACAUGUGCAGCGAUUGCGGCAAGCGGUUCGCGGAUAAAACACGCCUGAAGGAUCACAUUGAUUGGGAGCACCUGAAGAACUACGUGCACACGUGCGGCGAGUGCCAGAAGGCGUUCAAAACUCGCACAUCUCUAUAUUUACACAAGCAGGUCGUACACCAGAAGGACAAGAGCGAGCACCUGUGCGACCACUGCGGCAAGCACUUCCCGAACCAUUCGAAACUCCGCGUCCACAUAAAAGCAGCGCAUUCGUCCAUAGCCGCUUACAAAUGCAACAGUUGCGGCGCGAGGUUCGCCUGGCAUUCCUGUCUGUCUAGGCACGUGCGGCGCUUGCAUAAGAAGAAUGUCCAACAAAACUUGAAAGUACCCGAUCUUGUGAGAUCUCUUGCAAGAAAGAAUAGCCGAGCACCCUUGCGAGUUAAUUGUUCAGAUAUAAAAAUGGGGGUGUCACCAUUUGCCAUGAGUCCCAAGUGUUUCGCUUGUAGUUUCGUUUUGUUUUUAAUAUUGGAAGAUUUUGUCAUACUCAGUAUAUCCCGUUUCACUAAUGCUGAACUCAACUCAAUUACAACAGUUGAGUUCUUUACCGACUCUCCAAUUCGGGGCUUAGGACGAACUCUAAAAAUGUCCCUUUUAAUUUCUCUUUAUAGUAUAGACAAUACAAAAUUAUUAAAUUAUUGAUUACGAAACAAUAUUCAUUUGUAAUAUGUACGCAUAUUUUGUAUGUUUUCUUUGGGUUCUGAUAGCUGCUUUGUGUACUUAUAAAUUCUAUUGUGUUGUUCUAAAACACACAGCGUUGAGAUGAAGAAGCUGUUUAUGAAUUCUCUAAAUCUCUAUGGAAAUACAUUCUGCCUUACCGGUUAUCUAUGGAUCAUUCACCUCACUAGCAAGUGCGCGUCCUUGUUUAUGAAUACGUCCUUGACGCGCCGCCAUUUUACAAGGUCAUAGUGUUUGUGAAUUCUGACGCGACAACAUCGCUCAAAGAUCGAAUCUUAAGUAAUUAUUGUAAUCUCUAAAAAAAGUUAUCAUAUUUUAAAAAGCCCACAGUGUUGAAUUUUAGUAAUUAGUGACGAAUAGGCUUUCCCAAGAGGAAGCAUGGAAAAAUACGGUGGAAGACACCUCGAAAUCGGGUGCUCGGAGUGGAGACCUGUUUAUGUGGCAUAGUGGUGGUUCGUCUUCAUCGCCCUCGGGGGACGAGGGAAGCGACGCCUCGUCUCCGACCAGACAGAAAGACUUCCUCUUUGGGCUACAUAAGACCUAGAGUGGUGGAAAAGAAACAUACACAGAAAUGGCGAUAUGGGGCGAUAAAGAGGCUUCAGAAUACACUGAGAGGGGCACACAUUCUAAUUCAGUCCGACAAUCAGAGCCUAGUCACCUAUAUACGACACGAAGGUGGGACAAGAGGCCCUCGUAGUUCUCACAUCCGAGGUACUUUGCUUAGCCAAGAAGUUAGGAAUAACUCUAUCAGCAUCCUACUUACCAGGCCGGGUCAAUGGGAUAGCAGAUCGCCUCCCAAGAGGACAACCCGUACCAGAGUGGCAUCAUGCCACAAGAGACAUAUUUCAGAAGUGGGGAGUUCCAAACAUAGAUCUGUUCGCUACCCAAAGAAGCGCUGUAGUGCCAACGUACGUAAGCCUAGAUUCAUGGGAUACCUGCGAAGAACAUUGCGACGCCUUCAGUCGUCUUUGAAACUGGCGCCUAGCAUGGGUAUUCCCACCACCGAACCUAAUCCCCCAAGUACAAGCGCACCUCAACAAGCCACAGGGCAGAUACAUAGUGGUUGCACCGAAGCGGGCCGAGUGUUAUUGGUUACUGGAGCUUAAGUCAACAGCACUCAGUCCACCAUUUGUAAUAUCGAACCUACGUAAUUAACGACUAACUACGUAAGUAAAGACGCUGCCUCCCCGCAAGUAGAGGACUUGAAGUUACUGGCGUGGGAAGUUGGCGGUGGAGGAAACAGUUAGCCCACUGGUAUACAAGAGAGAAAGAUUUGUUGGUGACUAGUUGGCAGAGAAAGCGACUUUGUUUUAUACUGUGUAGUGAAGAAACGAAUUUUAUGUUUAAAGAAAGUUAAUACUAUUUGUACUGUAAAAAUUCAUAAUUUACAUAUUAUGGCUGAAGAAAAAAUGUUCUGUCAGUUAUUAAGAAAGAAUGAUUUGUGUUUUGCAACAUGACCUUUUUAUUAAUUUCAGAGUGUAAAAUAUAACGUUAUUUCAUAGUACAGUAUUUUUAUUUAACAUUCUGUGAACAACUUUUUUAAGUGGUAAUGUAAUUUUGAUAAUUACAAAAUUACAAUAAGUUCUGUGGGCUCAAAGCGCCUGUGCGGGUCCUGAAGGAGAGCACUAUGUAUGUGAUUUUUGUCAUUAAUUGUUCUUACUAUGGCCCCCGGGUUACUAUAAUACCACCACCAUAACUCAAUUGCUUGAAUUUGUAAAUAAUAAAGUUUCCUCACAUUUUAGCAUGUUUUCAUUAAAAACAUGCUAAAAUAUGAUUAAACAGAUAAAUGCUGAAUGUUUUGAGCUAUAAUAUCAAUUCACAGACCCAUUGUUUUAAAUGUUGUGAGCUAAAAACUACUGCAAAACUCAUAACCAUUGCCCGCCCUCGUUUAUAAUGAAGCAUCCUUAUGCUUUGAUUUACAUAUUCUUGUUAGGGCAUCGCCAUGGCAGGCAAUAAUAGACGUAAUUUGAUUUUGCCUGAUAAGUGGCCUGAUCCUUUCCUAUCAAAAUGUCUGAUAGAGCAGCGUUUAUUUCCGGAUUUAAUAGGGCUGAACUGAACUUAGGGCCAUUUCCCGGCACAAAACGUUUCUCCACAAGGGUCUACCGGUCUGGGGAUGCACCCAAUAUCUCGAGAAUGUCGUCUGACAAGAUACAGCCCUCAGGCAAGGCUGCAUGCGGCAGCAUCGGGCACGGAGUCUGGAACUACGUCUAAUAUCUACGUUGACAUACUCGCACGCCCGUGUCCAGUGUACCAUCAGCAAUGUAGGUACACACAUACGUCAGAGUCGAGGUAAAUAAAACUCAAAAAAUCGUUCUGACUGUAUAUUGAUAGGUCGCUAUGGAUAUCGAUGUCGCUGUCGAUAUAAAUGCCUUUACUUAUGCUCCUCCUAUCAAAAUACUCCUACCAAAUUUUCAGACAAUAUUCCUAAAUUUUACAAAGGUACUCAGUAUGAAACGUCUUACAUGUAUAUUCUAUUCCUUGAACUGACGCCUCUUUUGCAAAGUAGUCCACUUUUUUGUUUCCUUCAUUGCCGAUAUGGGAAGGCACCCAUUGUAAAAUUACUUAUUUGUUAUCUACAAAUAGCUUUAAAAUCAUCUGCAGAAUUUCAUAGGCAACAGUUUUGUACAGCAAUUUAUUAAUAGGGAAUAUGCAUGUAUUUUUUUUAUUUUGUUAUC